AUGGGGUUGUUAGUGAAGACUGGCCAACGCAUCCAGGAGUUGUUCCCUCUCAUGCUUUUCACGUUUGGAAAAGCAACCGACUGGCUCACAAAGCCCCUCCAAGGGCCCCUGAAGGAGUUCCUAGGGAACACUGUUGUGGACCUAGCCAUGGCGGCAGGUGGUCUCAUAAUCAGCAUCAUCGCCACUGGUGCCUGGAAGUCCCUUCCCUUUCUGCGCAACAUCGCCAAAGAGGUGGAAGAAGUGAAGGCCCCGUUCGUGGUGCCGGCCGACUACUUUUCUCGAGAAGCGGAAGAAAACUUGUUGCUCGCCAUGCUCGAGGGGGAUCCCCGUGACCUCAUGCUCUUGACAGGGCCUCCCAGCUCGGGGAAAACGGCGACGAUCGCCAGGGUCUUGCAGCGGAGGGAGGAGCAGAAAGAGGCUUCCAAGGCAGAUGACGUACCCGGAAGCAUCACUCGCACCGUGGCGGGGGCCGGCAUAUAUGUCAACAUGCGCUUCGGCGACUUUCUCGGGAGCAUCCAAAUGGGGUGCGAGCUGUCGGGGCAGUUCCGGAACUACAUUGAGAGCUUGUCCGGGAUCGCAGACGCAGAAGUGCGGCGGGUGCUGGGUAAAGAGGACCAGGUUAGAAUCGGUGUCCAGGUGCUCAAGGCCCUCAAGCUGACCAAAAGGAAACCACCUGAAGAGGUCACUCGGUGGAUCGACUCCUUGGAGAAGAGCCAAGUAGGCUGCGAGGGCAUCGAGACAGCUGUCAAAAAGAUUGAGUCGAUCUUGCGGCGACUGCGGCCGGGGCUGGGAGAAGGAACGAAAGCGCAGGUGAACCGGCGGGGGGGCCAGCAGAUGCUGCGCAUAAGCGAUACGGCGCAGGUGAACCGGCGGGGGGGCCAGCAGAUGCUGCGCAUAAGCGAUACGGUGGAGGAGCGCUUAUUGCCCCCCGUCAUCUGCAUCGACGCCGCGGAAGAGCUGAUGCGGUGGCCGGACCCCGCCAGCCUGGCGACGCUCCUACGCUUCCUCGUGGGGGUCUCCAGCGAGCGGCGGCAGGCCCACGUGGUGCUAGUGACGUCAGAUGCCAAGAUGCAAGCGUGGCUGGAAGAAAAAAUGGGUGCCCACUUGAUCACCGUGCAAGUCCUCGGAGACCUCCCCCCGCCCGCGGCCGCGCGUUACUUCGAGGGUGCGAGACGCGCGCGGCUCGGUGACGCGGCCGAUGACGUCACGGGUGACGUCAGCUUCGAGGAGGUGUGGGCCAUGGCCGGGGGCCGGAUCGCGCUCAUGCAGCGGCUCCUGGAGCGGGGCAGGGCGUCGGGCAGUCUGAGAACAGCUCUUCAAGCGGAACGUGCUGCUUCCAGGGACCGCCUGUCGCGCGCAUUGGCCGGAAUCUCCAAGAGCGACCUGGACUCUUUGCGAAAUCAUGUACAUAGUGGAAGACUGUCGUUAGAGAUCGACAAAGUGGAACCCUUGUUAAAAGCGGGCAUCCUGCGAAAGACCCCUUGGUCGGAGCUUGGGAUGGGCAUUGCAGAUGAGAAUCAUUCCGAAGAUAGCGGUCUUCAGUUUGUCUUUCCUGCCGACUCCGUUAUCUUGGCCGAGUUGCUACACGAAUCCUCCAAACAUAGCAUCGAGGGCUCUGGCGGCGGACAGUCUAAGAUUGAAACUUCACGAAUUAUUGAGAGCGAGAGCGAAAAGGUGGAAUCUGAAAAUGGACGAAGUAGGACCGGACGCAAGUCCUUCUUCGAAGUGUAGGAUUUUUUUGUAAAAACCUAGAUUGACAUGCUUCUCAGUCAGUCAAAGCCGGAAAGGUCACGGCGUCCGAGUAGGGAGUCAAGAACCACGUCUCUGCUCGCUUUUAGCUAAGUAAAUCAGGUCGGGCAGCUCGCAAUCGUUGUGUAGUACAGUGAACGCAAUUAGGCGCAUUACGUGCUUCUAGUAUAUGGUGCGAGACGCGACACAGUCCUAGCGAUUACGUACAAAGAUUCAAGAAGGUGCAGUACUAGCAAUUGCAGCUUGCAAAACCCAGGGCUGCAGCUCCUGGCCCAGUAGCAUGGCGGGGCUGCCACCGCGCGGACGUCAAAUCCUGGUACGUAGGGCGGCCGUCAGCUGUCGGCCCGGCAUUGACUUGCAUGAUCGUUCAGUAUGUGGAGU